AUGUCUGUGUCGAUUCAACAUCGAACACCGAGAAAGUUCAAAAAAUCCCAACCUGGGACAAGUUCGUGCAGAUUAUGUGGUUCCGUUGGAGAUAUAUCUCAUUCGAAAAAUAUUUUCAAGAAAAACAAUCGUGAACUGCUUUUAUUAGCUGAGGCCAUUACGGGUGAAACUAUUCCGCACCACGAAGAUCUACCUGAAUUAAUAUGCCGUGCAUGUGAAAGAAGGAUUGGUCACUUCAAAGAAUUUAGAACUAAAAUUCGCGAGAGUCAAAAAACAUUCGGUCUCUCCAGCAAAAGAUGCGUUGAAAUGUCUCCCUCUCUUGUGCGUGUAGCGAAAGCUCGUCGACGUUUACAGACCGACCCAGUUUCUCAAAUGUUAGACUUUACAUCAGAUGAAGAGCAGACAACAGAAGAGGUAAGUUUCUCUUUAAUUUUAUUAUGUUAAAAAUUUUAAACGUUCGCUUUUGAUAUACGCAUUUGCUAAAAUGCCCAUUGAACACUAGAUCAAACUGUUCCAUUGCUUGUAUGUCCAUGUUGUUGUUCUUAAUUUGCAGAGGAUGACCUGUAUAUAAAGAAUGACACUUAUCAGCCUAUUUCAAAUCUGAAUAAACAUUCCCUUUUCAAGCUUUUAGAUUGAAAUGUUACGAGUUUGUUUUGAACAUUGUUAUUCUUGUCACCUGUGCUUACGAGAUGUUUCCGCCGCCGAGUAAAAUUAUCACAAAUCAAAUGCCUUGGCUGUUUUUUCUAUGUAAUAUUAUUACUUUUCGUAUAUUGAACGCAGCGUAAUUGCUACAAUUAUUACGUUCUACGCAAAAUGUGCAGUUCUAAAUCAGUUCGUGUUAACUCAUGUUUACAUAAUUGUUUUUGUACGAAAGUAAAAACAUUCAAUCAAUCAGUGGGUUGAAAUACACAAGGAAUAUUUAAAAUAGUAUACAAUCUGCUAAGGCCUAUAUUUUAAAAGGCCAAAGUGAGCGAUAGUUCAUGGGAUGUUACUGUUAAAACAACUAACCUUUUCAAUUAAUUGUAGUUUAUGUUAGAGUAAACUGAGUAAUACUUGAUGACUGGUACUAUAUAGUUUAUAUACGGGAACUUAUUAAUUCUGCCAUCACUCACAUUACUUGUUGCGAGUGUUUGAAUGUAUGUGCAGUAAGGUUCUAAAUUUUUCUUUAAAAACCACUUAUCUCACUCAUUGAUCUCACUGCAUCUCCCGACUUAAUAUUUACAAUCGUACAUUUACCGUAUUUUCGUUGUAUUUGUCUAGACGGUUCCCCCCGAGUCUUUGCCAGCAGACGACACUGAGUCAAUUAAAGCCCUUUGCACCAAAAUUGACAUUGAGUUGGUAGAAAUGGCAAGGAGGGAAAAAGGCUCUUUACUUCUAAACAGGGGGUUUGAUGGUUUAUCAACUACUAGUUUUGAAGAAAUAAACAACGAGAUGCAAACGUCUUGUCCUAUUACCCAUAAACUGUUAUCUGCAAUGUUGGAGUCCGAUAUUAACAACAACGAGAAAAAGUUGGCAGCAAUUGCAUUGAUUUACAGCGUCAUUAUGUUUCGAAGAUUCCACGAAAUGAGCAGGCUUCAGAGAGUUAACACAAUCUUGCUGGUAGAAGGAGGUGCUAGCCAACAGGUACUUUUUUGGUUAUAUUCGUUUUAACUAGUAGUGAUUAGUAUACCCCGAAAGCCAUCAUGGUGUAAGAAAAUAUUAUCACAUGAAAUUGACAAAUGUCUACAUUUAAAUUGCAUCAUACUAAUCUCUAUACUAAACAUCACAUUCACAUCAGUUUUUGAAUAUUUAUUUUAUAUACUAAGUUUUAGUAUUACAUGUGAAACGGAGAGAGCACUUUCUUUACAAAACAUGACAGCCAAAUGCAUCCGCGUGGACAGAGUUACAUGAAAUUGACAAGUAAAUUUUUGAGAAUUUUUACAACUUUAAAAAACCUUGUUUACCAUUUGUAUUAUAUAUGCAUGGAAUUAUGCUUGCAGUUGCUUAAUUGUAUUCAAGGUGUUUCAGCUAAUAAUAAUACUCCGGAAUUCAUUCCCACAUAUCUUUAGAUAAACAUUUUGUGAAAUAUUUUAUUCAGUAGAACAAGUCUUCAGAGAAUUAUUUUGUAAAAUAUUUUAUUCAAAACUUGGAAGUCUUGUUAAAUAGAGUUAGUACUUAUAUGGGUGACUAUUUGUACAUACACAUUGCAGUUGUUUGGGUUCACAUCAGAUGAUUUUUAUCUUAAGUGCACCUUCAAAAAGAAACUGAGCUUAACAGUUUAAUAUAUAAUAAGCUGUCGAUUAAACAGUAUCCAGACCAAGGGCAUAACCAUGGGUGCAAAUGUAUUAUUUUUCUUACAAGAAUUGUCUUUUUUACUGAUAACACAUACUGUACGAAUCAGUGCCCUUUCGCAAUGGAAACAAUAUUAUUCAAAAAGUGUGCCCCUUCUCGUAUAUGCCCCUUCUCUUUUAUGCCCUCCAAUUCAGAUAUAUUGGGGAUGAUGGAAAACAUGUUUAAUUAAUAUUUUUUUAUGAUCUGUGUUUCCUAUAGCACAAUAAUUAAUGUAACCUACAAAGGUGUUGGUUUUAAGCGGUUGGGUGAAAAGCAAUCCGAUGGGAAAGAAAUGCCAUGCGGGUAACAUAGGCAUACGGAAGGGAGAGGGAAAACUAUUGCCCAAGAUAACACAUAACAAUUUACCCCAACCUCUUAAAGCCACCAGCUUCAGAUGAUAUGUGCAUGUACUUAAUAUAUACUUGCUGCUAUCAUCUUAUUUACCACUAUCUUUUUCUAUAUAGACCAUUGAACGAUUUAGUCAGUAUGGCAUAUGUCUGGGCAAAAGAAUGAAGUACAAAUUGCUAGAUGUGAUUGGCGAUCAUUUCAUGGAUUUGGCAGUGGCUGAAUUGCAAAAGGGAAAGAACUUUGUGUUUGUUUUGGAUAACAUUGACUGGAUGGAGAAGGUUCACGAUAUGCGUUCAGAUGCACAGAAUACCAGUGUCCAUGCUGUCGCCACAAGCCUAGUUUUCAACCGUGUUUCAUAUCAGCAUCUCCCAGACUCUGGCCCGCAAAAUUCUCUGGAAAAAUGUGACAUAAAUAAACUUGUAAGUCUGACACCUGAAGAAGAACAUCAAAUAAGAGAACGUUAUAAACUCAUUGUCGGGCAAAUUAUGUGUGAAUUCUUUCCAGCAUUUAAGUUCCUUUCAUAUGUGGUACCAGUUCACUUGCCUCAUGAAAAUCAAGAUGCUAUGAACCAAAAAUCUAAUGUUAUUUCAUUCCCAGUACUUCUUAAGGAUGAGAAGAAAUAUUGUGAAGUUGUUGAUGUUCUCGAUCAACUGGAGUCAUGGGUCCAUGAGAUGUAUUUGAAGGCUGGUCUUUGCUCUGCUCCUCUUCCAGUUAGUGGUCCUCCACCAAUCCCAAAUGACCUCACCUCCAGACCAGAUCAACCAGCAGCACAUGUUCCACCUGUGGCUUCUUCAUCUGAUCCACUAAAGAAUGUAAAAAUUCCUUGCUAUGGUGACCAGCUGUCGAGAGUACGGUUUGCUGGAGCGAAGGAUCUGCGAUCUGGUUGCCACACAGCCAAGGAUCGGUUUGAUCACAUAUAUCCAUUUCGUAUAGUGGAUUGGCACUCAAAAAGAAGCUUCCUAAAGGUAAAGGUAAUUUUACAUUAAAAUCAAUACAGGUAUAAUUAAUAUAAUAAUUGUAUUUUUUUUAAAAUUUGUGAAAUCAUCAUAAUUUGAAAUUUGAAAGCAGACCCCAAAUUACUUGAGCUUUGGUACCCCCCCCCCCCACCCCACCCCCUCUCCCAUAUGAUUGUCACCAUUGACUGCAGGAUAAGGUGAUUGGAAGAUUGCAAUACAAACAAAUAGGGGCAUUGGUUCCUGACCACACCUUUUUGAUAAAGUCAAGUUACACCCCUGCUUACAGUAUUAACCUUAAUCGUCCAGUCUUUACAGUAGAAUAUCAAACUUGGUGCAGGACCUGAACCUUUGUUUGAUAUUUUACAAUAAGGAAACAUUAUACUUUUCGAUAUUCAGUAGUAGAUAGAACUACAAAUGAUUCAUGAUCAUGAUGAGUAUGUAAUUUACGUGUUUUUGUAGGUAAUUUUCAAUCGGCUGUACAAGAAUUCGGCUCGUGAGGUUGGAACCCUUCGGUACUUCCGUGAAAAGCUUCAGCGAAGGAAUGUGACAAAAGAUGUUAAACAUUAUGAAGAUUGUGAACAACUGUUUUUAAGCACAGGUUUAUGCUACGUCAUUGAGGCAUUGAUGCAAUUUUUCAUGAUGAAAUCCAAGGAUGACCAGCCAACAAAAAAUACACCAGCUUUCCACAAUAUUCAUGUGGAUGAAAACAAAAAGAAAUAUUUAGAUGAAGUUUCAGAGAAGUUUGUUGACACGUUUUUGCUGUGUAACGAAGAUGGUUCUCCCUCUGCUGAUGAGCAAGAAGACGGUGUAAUGAACUACUCACUCUCCUUGCUCAGAUAUUUCUUUGUCAUUGCAGAUUACAAGGAUGCUGUAAGAGAAGGAAAUGGCAGACAACUUCUCAUAUUGCACAAGCAGCUUCUGCAACAUUUCAAGUCUGUUCCCGGUUUCAACGCAUAUGCGAUUGAAAUGUUGAUCAGCAUAAUUCAAUCAGAUGUGUUUCUAUCACAGGCUGAGUCUCAUCAAAUUACGUGGUCCGCAACUGUCAACUGGAAAGGAGGAAGUGGGAAGAAUAUUGAAAUUGAUCUUCUCCAAGAAAACCGGAAUAAAGACCUAAAGAAUUUAAUAAAGGGCAUGGGAGCAAACAAGACAACCAAGGCAAUUGAGAGAGCAAGCAGAGCAGCAGGUGGAGUAAGACACAUUGUGGAGAACUUUGACAACAACGCAUCACUUGCUGUUCAGUCUUCAGGUCAUACACAUAGGUCGUCUGAAUCUGAUGAAGAAAUUGUUAUGGCCGACCUACGGGAUCUUAAGCCUUUCCUAUUAUCGCCAGGAAGAAGACACAACUCAUUUCCAGGUAUAAAUCCAGAUAAUUUGAGUAGUCUUCAGCGAGAUGAUUUUAGUAAGUGGCUAUCAGGACACAAGAAAAACCUUUUAAUGAAUGCACCACUACAGCUAGAUAAUGACGACGAUGAUGAACCACUACAGCUAGAUGAUGAUGAGGCAGCUAACUUUCUACUUAUAUGA